GGGAUCUGAUGUUUGGCAUUAGGGUUGAAACAGAGAUUAAAUGGUUUGUUUUACUUGUGUUUUGAAACGCCAAUUGUGCCUUCCUUACGCCGUACUUUUUGACCUACGGCGCUACCGGUUGCAGCUGAGCAUGAUGACAGUCACCUGACGGGGCUCUCUUGGUUUGGCAACAGAAACGCACGCCUUCUCUCGUUUGUUGGAUUUACAUCAUGCAAUAAGAAAUCAUGCCUCUGACAGCGGCUGUUAUUAGUGGAUUGCAAAAGUUUGUGCUCUACGAAACAAGAGCGAGGUUCUUCUUGGUUGGCAGUAACCAGGCCCAGACAUGCCACCGGGUGUUGAAGAUUGACAGGACCGAGCCAAAAGACCUGGUCAUCAUCGAUGACAAGCAUGUGUACAGUCAGCAGGAGGUUCGAGAACUGUUGGGGCGUCUGGAUCUGGGGAACCGCACCAAGAUGGGCCAGAAGGGCUCCUCUGGCCUCUCCCGGGCUGUCUCUGCAUUCGGCAUCGUGGGGUUUGUGCGCUUCCUGGAGGGCUACUACCUGGUGUUGAUCACCAAGCGCAGGAAGGUGGCCGACAUCGGGGGCCACUCCAUCUACAAGAUUGAGGACACCAACAUGAUCUACAUCCCCAACGACUCUGUGCGCGUCACACAUCCUGAUGAAGCCAGAUAUGUGAGAAUCUUCCAGAAUGUUGAUCUCUCCAGCAACUUUUACUUCAGUUACAGCUAUGACCUGAGCCACUCCCUGCAGUACAACAUGAUGGUGCUGCAAGCGCCGUACGAAAGCGAGGAGGGAGAGGUGGAGGUGACCGCCACCAAUAAACAGGACAGCUUCGACAUCUUUGAGGACGAGGGUCUUCCCACACAGGUGGUGCAGGGCAUCAAGAAUGAGCCCUAUGACAAGUACGUGUGGAACUGCCGCCUGUGGGAGAAGGUGAAGGAGACCUUGCAUGCCGACUGGCUACUCUACAUCAUCCACGGCUUCUGUGGCCAGUCCAAGCUGUUGAUAUACGGGCGCCCGGUGCAUGUGAGUCUCAUCGCCCGCCGCUCCAGCCGCUUCGCUGGCACACGCUUCCUCAAGAGGGGCGCCAACUGUGAGGGUGACGUGGCCAACGAGGUGGAGACGGAGCAGAUCAUCCACGAUGCGUCGGUCAUGUCCUUCAGGAACGGCAGCUACUCCUCCUACGUGCAGGUGCGCGGCUCCGUCCCACUCUACUGGAGCCAGGACAUCUCCACCAUGAUGCCCAAACCACCCAUACGCUUGGACCAGGCUGAUCCGUACGCCCAUGUGGCGGCGCUGCACUUCGACCAGAUGCUCAGGCGAUUCGGCUCUCCCAUCAUCAUCCUCAACCUGGUUAAGAAACGUGAGAAGCGCAAGCAUGAGAAGAUUCUAAGUGAUGAGCUGUACCCCGCCGUCCUCAACCUGAACCAGUUCCUGCCCCCAGACCACGCCAUAGACUACAUCGCCUGGGACAUGGCCAAGUACACCAAGAGUAAAUUAUGUAAUGUCCUGGAUCGGCUGAGCAUGAUUGCUGAGAACGUGGUGAAGAGAACUGGAUUCUUUGUCAAUCGAUCUGAUUUCCAUUGUCACAGCCUAAGACCAGAUGAGCGGUGGGGAGACCUAGGAGGACGUUUAACAUCAACUGGCAGAGUCCAGACCGGUGUGCUGCGGACCAACUGCGUUGACUGCCUGGACCGCACAAACACCGCCCAGUUUAUGGUGGGAAAAUGUGCUCUGGCCUAUCAGCUCUAUGCACUAGGGAUGAUCGACAAGCCCAAGUUGCAGUUUGACACUGACUGUGUCAGGUUGUUUGAGGAGCUGUAUGAGGACCACGGUGAUACGCUCUCGCUGCAGUACGGUGGCUCCCAGCUGGUGCACCGGGUGAAGACCUACCGCAAGAUCGCCCCCUGGACGCAGCACUCCAAAGACAUCAUGCAAACCCUGUCGCGCUACUACAGCAACGCUUUCUCGGAUGCGGAUCGGCAGGAUGCCAUCAACCUCUUCCUGCAGGUGUAUCAGCCUGCGGAUAACAAGCCUCACCUGUGGGAGCUGCCCACCGACUUCUACCUGCACCAGAGCAACACCCUCAGCCUGCUGCAGGAACGCCGCAGUUAUACAUACUGGUGGUCGGAAGGAGUCCUGACUUACCUGCCUGUUCCUUAUGAUGAAGUUCCCUGUGAGGAGAACCGUAAGAAGGUGCUGUUGAAGAGAGUGAACAGGUUUGACGAGAGCAUCGACAUCUACACAGAGUUCUACAAGCCCUACGAGCUCACCUCCUUCGACGACACGUUCUGCAUCUCCAUGACCAACUCCGCUCGGGAGUUCAUGCCCAAGACUGUGGGAGUGGAUCCCAGCCCGUUUACCGUACGCAAACCAGAGGAAACUGCCAAAUCAAUCAGCAAGAGCAGUAAGGAUGAGACGGUGCUCCAGCGUAAGACGGCGGCUAGCGCUCCCCCUCCCCCCUCCGAGGAGGCCGUGUCCAGCAGUAGCGAAGACGACUCCGAGGAGGACCGAGAGGACGACGGCUCCGCCUCCCAGCGCUCCACGCCCAUCAAGCUCGCAGAAUCAGGAGACAGCGUGCGCACGCAAGAGGAGCCUCAGCCUAUGAAAGAGCCCUAUGGCCUCAGUCUCUCCGAACCACUGGCCGAUGCGGACCUGCUCACCUAUCACAGGUUUGCUCAUUUGGGUCAGAAUCAGCACAAAGUGGAGAAGUCGGAUGACCCUCCGGAAUACAGACCCUCAGAUCACGUCAUUAACCUGUUGCCGGUGUCGUAUUUCAGCGGCGACAGCAUCUACGAGGUGUGUGUGCCUCGCGUGAGUGGCGAGACCCGGGAGCUGUUCGAGGCCCACGUGCAGGCCGCACACGGAACCAUCCGGAACCUGGUCCGAGAAGACAUGCUCAUGUACCGCGAGUACAUCAAGAAUCGCUACAUGUAGCGCGCGCGCGCACACACACACACACACACACACACACACACACACACACACACACACACACACACACACACACACACACACACACACACACACACACAGAGGACAUGCUCAUCUACCGCGACUUAAUCAAGAACAUAUGCUCAUGUACUCAUUUACUUUCAGAACAUCACAGGCACACACACCCCUCUACUCACACACUCUGUCUCACACACUUACACACACACGUUGCACAAAUAACUGUUCUCGUCGAUGGAGUGCAUGGAUAUUUUCUCAGAAAUGUUUUUUUUUAUCGCCAGAGUGUACCCUGUGCGUGAGUGCAUGAGUGCGUGCGUGCGUACGUGCAUGCCUGUGUGUACAUUUACAGGUGUGUGUGGGAUGGGGCAAGCUAAAGAAAUGGCUAUACCAACAUCUCAAGUGAACCCUGAGAGAGAGAGAGAGAGAGAGAGAGAGAGAGAGAGAGAGAGAGAGAGAGAGAGAGAGAAAGAUAAUUAUAGAGAGAGAAUGAGAGCACAAGAGUGUGUAUGUGAGGGAGACAUGAGAGGUGUAUGAGAGGUGGCAACUGUGUGUGAGAGAGAGACAAAUGAGAGUGCCAUUUAAAAAAAGGCUGUACACAUGUAAAUUGGCAUUCAUGCAUCCAGACAUAAUACAUUCCAACUAGCGGCAGGUCUCUCUGUGACACACACACACACACACACACACACACACACACACACACACACACACACACACACACACACACACACACACACACACACACACACACACACACACAAACAGCUUGUGGGGUAUGAAGCAGUCCCUUUCUUUCUCUCUCUCUCUCUCUAACUCAAAAGCACACACAUGCGUACACACACACACACACACACACACACACACACACACACACACACACACACACACACAGACCUGUGGAGGCAAUACUCUACUGUACUCGUCACGCAGCUUGAAGAGCAUGUGCUCAGUUAACACACCCCGUCAUCAGGACAUGGUCAUCUGCUCAGCCUCAGCUGAACCGUAACUCAGCCUCAAUUGAACCGUAACUCGGCCUCAGUCCGAACCGACAAAUGAGAAAAUUGAGGGUGUUUUUUUUUUCUUUUAGGAAUAAUUUAUUGUCUUUAUUUUGGAUUUUAUUUGUGCCUUUGUUUUCUUCCUUGCUCUACAUUGUUCAGUUGGAGAUCAUGUUUACAAACCGCUGAAUUGUACUUAACACGUUUUUCUUUUCUUUUAAAAAGUUUUUUUUAUCUGAAUCGUUUGAGGAAAUAAUGUUUUUAUAUAGAUCUGAAGCUUUUGUUGUGGCCUGCGUGUGUGUGUGUGAACUCACACUUUUUUUUUAUUCAUAUCAAAAGCAAAUUUCUAACAAUCAGUCUAACCAUAAUGUCUGUAAAUUAUUCUGCCCAUUUUAAAAUAUUGAUAUUGCUUUGAUCAUGUUAGGGUCAAACAUAUUUAUUAAAGUUCAUUUUG